AUGGCAAGAUGUGAAGAAAGCGACGAUGAUGAACCUUUUAUAUGGGACACAGAAAAGGUACUUAAAAAAUUAGCAAAAAUCAUCGAACUGCACGAAAAAGUGAAUAGAAUGCCUCAAUUAGAAAAUAAAUUCAAAAAUGAAAAGAGGCUAAAACCCGAAAAUAAUUUUUCGGAAAAUGCGUGGGUAUUUUUUAACUCAAACGCGCAAACAAAACAGAAUUUUUCAAACAAAAAUAAUACACAAAAGAGCAAACCGCAAUUGCGUAAACAAAAACAAGAGCGCAAAAUAUUACCAUGCAUUUUCUGUAAUGAUGAGUCACACAGAAGCACAGCGUGCCAAAAAUAUUCAACAGGAGAAGCACGCCAAAAAAGACUCGCAAUUUUGAAAAAUGCAUUUGGUGCUUUAAAGACCCACGAAACCAUUUUAACGCUAACCCCUAGUCAUCGAAUCGCGCAAUUGCUAAUCAGGGGAUCAAAUAAACUGCCAAUGGGUAUUGUGGACAUAACAAUAGAGGACAUAGUAGUGGAGUGCCAAAAAUCUUCAGAAUAUUUUUCGCGCAGCCACGAAAUAAAAACCUACUCUAGCAAACGCUGCCCAAAGCAAGGUAGUUGUACUGGCAAUACAUGCGCAAAUACAAAACUAGAUUCGAAAAUACCUGAGUUAAAGGCUGUAAACGACUUACCAGGUAACACCUUCUGUAUUGACAGCUGCAGCUUUUUAAUGUGUGGAUGCGGAUUUCCAACAACUUCCUGCAUUUUUUACCGCUUGCACGCUGUAGAAAGGUCUAAAAAGAUUUACGAAUUCUUUAAUUGUCCUGCCUGGCAAUACGCAAUAGAGCUGGCGAUAAAAAGGACGAACGACAAAGGAAAAACCCAAAUAGAUAAAAUCCGGCUAUAUAAUGGGAUUUUAACAGAAAUUAGCGGUCUAAAAUUGGCAAUUAACGCAAUUACUAAAGCACCUACGCCAAUUCUCGCCACGCGCUUUCUGACCGAUGGUGAUAAAGUGAGGCAGAGUCAUUCAGCGGAUGCCAACUAG